CGCAUUUGGUUAAAUCAUAUCUUAAAUAACGCAUCUUAUCAUCGGCCGUCACGCUCUCCUCUGAAGCUAUAAGAUUGCAGAUAUAUGUGAUGCUUGCAGUAAUCCCUUAUCUAAGUAUCUGAAGUAAGAAAAAUGUGUUCUCUAACUUCUUGUUUGCUGGAAGGACUAAAGGAAAAAGAAAUGUACACCCACCCAUUCUUGCAAUGGGUUCCCUCCGAAUUGUAAUUUAUAAAACCAUUAGAACCUGAAAGGAUAUUGUCCUACAGUGCAAAUGGAAAUGAGAAUCCUUCAGGAAGACAGUAAUAUUGAGUGCUGGCUUUGUUGGUCUCACUGCAGCUCUGGGCAUUCACAGGUACAAAAAUACAUCAUUUUCCAAUCACUUACUAACAAUUAUGUGUUGGGUGAAAUUUGGAAUAUCAGGUUGGGAGUGUGUUGUGUGGUUCUGGAUCAUCAGUUAGGUUCUGGGAAAUGCCUGGAGAGCACUUGAUACUGUUGACAUUUGGCACAUUCUUAAACAGAACUCUGUCCUUAUUCCAGGGUAUGCCAAUUUUGAAACAUGAUCUAUUCCUUGAUUUUAAAAUUUUUACCAUUGUGCUGAUUUAGGUUCAGGAUUGCUUCCCUGGAUCAAUCCCAAGGCCUGAUGCAAACUCCCGAAGCUGACACUAAUUUAAGAGGUUUUCUUGUAUUUCAAUUCUUCAAUGUCUGGCCUAAAGUUCUCAAGGCAAUGUUGUUCAGUGCAGAGGGGGAGUGUUGGAAGGAAAGACUUAUUGAGAACCUUCGAGAUGGAGCUGCUGCAGGAGCUUUAAGAUGUUCUUCUAAGGUCAAAUGAAUGAAAUCUGCAGUGCUUGUUAAAGUUGUUCAUCUUACAGAUGGUUCUAUGAUAAAAGCGAAGAUUAUGAAAAUGAUCAAAAUCCCCACAACUUGAGACAAAGACUAUCACCAAUGCCCCAACACAAAUCCUGGAUGGUGUAGAGAGAACCAAGUCAGGGUGCAUUUCCUAUGUGACUGAGGUAUAGAUCACCAUGGAAUGGUUUGUCGGGGAAUAUUGAACAAGGUAAUAUGUGAAGAUUUUAUUAUGCCCAUACACACACUCACACGCAACAACAACGGGUGUAAUCCCGACUUCAACUAAGGCUACAACUACCUUACUGUACCAGGUAUGUUGUAAUUAAGGUCAUAAUUGAUGCAUCGUUUUCAAAUAUGCCGAAAAUAAAUCCAUUUAAAUAACUCUUCAAUUUAGGAAUCCUAAUUAGGUUCCUUAUGUAAGAUACAGAGGUUCUGUUUUUUCAGAAAUGCUUUGAGUUUUGGAAUUUAUUGGGAAAUAUUAAAAAUUAAUAUUUUGUGAGAAAAAAUAGUUAUUUGAUGUAAUAUUUUAUGAAAAGGUUAUUGUAGAUGAAUAGUUGUUGAUUUGAAAAUGCAUGUAAAAAGAUUGAGUAAUUGUGAUUGAUGGAUAUUGCUGUUAUCUCAUGAUUAGCUCAUUGCAUAGCUGUUAUUGACCAUGCUUUCUAGAAAGAACACUUUUAUCAUUCAUAAAUCAUAACAAUUAAAUAAAUUUUAAAUUCUGGUACCCUCACAUGGCUAAUGUCAUAAUCUGGUUAGUGAAUAGUUUUAUGUCAUCAUCUGGUACAUAUUUUUCUUUUAGCUCCUGGCUUGAAACAAGGCACAACUUGGAAUAGAAAAGUGAACUUCUACUAUGUAUCAAACCCCUUUGGUCAGUAAUACAUCCAACCUGCCAAAUUAUGUGAUAAAAAACACAACUUAUCAUCUUCUCCAAUGUAUACACUGCAGUUGGUGAUAAGAAAAGCCCCUGUAUUUAUUGCCACAUUACAUUACAGUGUUUUAUAAUUGGGGUUGACCUUCAUAUAAAGAAGCCAUAGAAUACAAUGUCAAAGUUUGCAUGUGCCGUAGUACCCUCGCAAAUAAUCGUACUGUACGUCACACAUUAGUUCACAUUCUCAAUUAUAUAGAUUAAUGUAUGUGCAGGGUCAGAGACUAGAAAGGCUUUCUUUAUUCUCUCACUCCUCCAACCGCCAUUGAAAAAACUUGUCGAUGCACUCACGCCCUCCGGCUGGUUUAAGGCCCACGCCACUUUCUACGGAGGCAGUGAUGCUUCCGGAACAAUGGGUGGCGCUUGUGGGUAUGGGAACUUGUACUCAAGCGGCUACGGGACGAGGACUGCAGCAUUGAGCACGGCAUUGUUCAACGGUGGGGCAUCGUGCGGGCAGUGCUUCAAGAUCGUCUGCGACUACAAAACGAACCCGCAAUGGUGCAAGAAAGGCGCGUCAGUCACGAUCACCGCCACAAACUUCUGCCCGCCCAACCCGGCCCUCCCUAACGACAAUGGCGGGUGGUGCAACCCUCCCCGCCAGCACUUCGACAUGGCCCAACCCGCUUGGGAGAAGAUCGGCAUCUACCGUGGCGGCAUCGUGCCCGUCCUCUACCAAAGGGUUCCAUGCGUUAAGCGCGGUGGGGUGAGGUUCACGAUCAACGGCCGGGAUUACUUCGAGCUGGUGCUGAUCAGCAACGUGGCAGGUGCGGGAUCCGUCCGAUCGGUGAUGAUCAAGGGCUCCAAACCAGGAUCAAAUUGGAUGUCCAUGUCUCGGAACUGGGGGGCUAAUUGGCAAUCCAAUUCCUAUCUCAAUGGCCAAGCCUUGUCAUUCAAAGUCACUACAACUGAUGGCAUCACCAAGACAUUCUCCAACGUUGUCCCCUCCAAUUGGGCCUUCGGACAGACCUUUUCCAGCCCAGUCCAGUUUUGAGAUGGACAUGGGCUCCCGACGGCCGUGGCGUGCUUACUAUUUUCAUCAAAAAGCAGCCCGCCAAAUGCUCGGUUGUUGUCGAUGUUGGGCCGCAAUUGUUCGUGGUGUAUUUAAAUUACAUAAUUUUUUUUACCUUUUUUUGUUUGGAAUUUUGAAUGUUUUGUAAUGACAAGGAUGCAUUUUUAUUAUGAUAAAAUAAGAAGCUUUGAAUU